AUGUCUGUGACUCGAAAACCCACAGUCGAAGAUCAUGCUCCUGACAAUGAAAAGGGAUCAACGUCCCUCGGAGCUUCGUCUUGGCCAGAGAACCCAUGGGCAGACGUCGAGCAAAUCACCACACGGCCAAAACGGGGCCCUACAUUCGUCGACUAUUGCAGCAAGCCGGGCCAAUUCUGGCCAGACGGACAAGAGCCUCCCUUCAAAGGUCAGAAAGCCGCGAAGCGUAUCUUCGUCACCAAAGGCAAAACGCAACCGCGCAAAGAGAUCACCAAAAAUUACGAAGAAAUCAAAGAGCUGAAGAACUAUGUGCCGUCUGACAUAUUUCACCCACGAACGGGAGAUAUCGAACUCUACUACGACUACUCCGACUACGACGGUACCGACGAGGAGGAUCUAUUUGACAUCGACGAGGAUGACGCUAUACCUCCCCCCGCAGUCGCUCCCGUUCCUCCUCCUACCGUUGUCCCCACUCCUCCGCGUGUUACUGUCCAUGUACCGGUUGGAAAAUGGGUCGAUGCAGGAGACAGAGCAUUAGAUCCAGAAGACCUCGAUCUUCUAUCGGAGAUUAUGGACAUCCCGAAAGAGGUAUCCAGCAUGCUGCUGCCAUCAUCCGACGCCGUCAAUGUACGGCAGAUACUAAAAUUCACGCUGCCCGACGUCGACGAUGGGUCCUUCGCACAGGCCGGAGCAUCAUGCUUUGACAGUGCACGUCCGAACGAGAACCUGGACCUCCCACCAUUUAUACCCCCAAAGCCGUGGGUUUAUAGCCUUCGAGAGUCUCUCGACGAUGCCAUUCGCGAAGGAAAGAGGUCGAUCGUCCACCCCCAACUCAAAGAUCAACCGUUGCCUCUUUGGAUGUUGAGUCUUUGGGAGAAGCUACACGCGGUGCGCGAUGCCAAAAUGUUGUGGCAAAAUGCAAAUAGGUGGUUGUCGCAAAAAAUGUACGACUGCGAUAUGAAUCCUCUAUCUGCCCGCCAAGAGAUGUAUCGUCUACCAUACCACAAGAAGUUGGCUGGGCAAGCCUCAACUAGCCUAAGAAGUACAUCACAGCUUGCACGAUUCUUGUCGGACGACGCUUGGUUGUCGGAUUCUCUCGUGGACAUGAUGAUACACUCCACUAUCCGACGAUUAGUCCCCAACCAGUCCAACCUCGUUAUCACUGACACCGAGCUCGCGGAUGCGAUCUGCAUGGCUAAACCGAACUUUGAUUCGUUGCCCAAUGCAUUCAAGACGUUAGAGCAGACGCUCGCCGAAGGGAAGAUUCUCUUUUUCCCAGUGUGCAUCCCCGGAAUGUCCCACUUUGUUGCGUUUCGCAUUGAUUUUAAACGUAAAACCUUGCGCUAUGGAGACUCUUUGAAUCUCCGAGGGGGACUCGGGAGCUUCAUUCAGAAGUUACAGCGGUGGCUCACCGUGCGUUUUCAUGGGCCAUUCGAAGACCAAGGAAAUACCCUCGCACACGGCAUUCAGCAAGAUUCAAUUUCUUGCGGACUGUUUUGCGUUAAUACCAUUGCUCAUAACGUCUUUGGCGAUCCCCUCGGCGUCCCUGACCCUGCGCGUGCACGAGCGAAAUGGUUUCAGCGGAUCGCUUUCGAGUAUAUUACCGCGGUGCCACAAGAAGAAAUUCCUACCGUUUCUACGUCUGAUACGGUAGCAGGUCCCCCUCCUCCUCCUUCGACGUCACCAGGCGGGCUGCCGCAGUGUCAAACUGAAACGGAGCAGCAAAAGAAGGAAAAGAGGAAGCAGCUGAUACCAAUAUUUAAGGAGAAAGCUGAUGCACGAGCAGCAGAUGUUGCGCGGGCCAAGAAAGAGAUGGAGAUGGAGGAGCAGAAGGAGAUCGAAAGGCAGAUGGAAGUCGAGAGGCAGAAGCAGCUCGAGAUCGAGAGGCAGAUGGAAGUCGAGAUCGAAAGGCAGCAGGAAUCCGACAGGCAGAGGGAGCUUGAGAUCAAGAGGCAGCAGGACCUUGAGAUCGAAAGGCAGAAGGAAGCCGACAGGCAGAGGGAACUUGAACGUGAACGCCUCGAACGGGUACAGAAGGCGGAUUCGGGUGGUCGAGUUAUCGCGGAGGACGGCAUGGACGUCGACAUCGAGCCAGGCGAAGUGACCUCUGGGUCACACGCACCAUCUCCAACCAAGGGCAAGACGGACACAGUCAAUCGCCGAGAUCGUUCUCCUCGUCGCCCACAUGCGCCCUUCGUUCCAAACCGUUCACGUCGUUCAUUGUCUCCUCCUCCACGUGGAUCGCCAUACCAUGCAUCUCGCCGAGAACUGUCUCCCCCCCGUCGACCAUCGUCAUAUAGAGAUUACGCUCCGUCUCAGUCUGACCGUCGCGCGCCUCCUCGUCGUUACCGAUCACCUCCCCAAGAACAUUCGACUCGCCGCGGUAGAUCCCCCUCGCCGGGUAGAGCUCGGGGAAGUCACAGACAGUCCAACCGUCAACACAGUCCUGUCCGGAGAAGUUAUCGCACGCCUUUGCCUCAUCGCGGGCCACAACCAAACCGGCGCCCUCUUGAUUCAUGUCACCCUUCGUAUCCCACACGAGCACCUUCCACCAACGUACCUGCUGCACCGUCAUCAAUUCCUGGCACUUUGUCUCUCCCAAUGGGAUAUCUACAGUUCUUGCCCUCUUCUACUGUAACAAGCGUCGCAGGGUUGAACAUGAUGGGCUGCCGUCCUGCCAAUAACACAGUAACCCGCUUCAUCUUAGAUCGAACGAACUGCCUCGCACAGUACGACGACCUCAAUCCGCUUUCCCCCGUCGUUGCGUAG